ACAUGUGGUGAAGGGGUGAAGAAAAGAGGAGAGAGCAGCUCAAAAACAGGGUGACAAGCACACCUGAUAUAACCACAUCCAUUGGUGAUAUUUUUCAAAAGUAACACAAAAAGAGCUUUGUCAUGCAUGUGUUCAGGAUCUGGCGCGUGCUGUGCGUGCUUGGCUUCCUGGGUGCAUCCUUGUGUGUGAAUGAGGUCGAGUAUGAAGGGAACUAUGCAGACAACUAUGGGAACGAGAUCUCGCAGGACCAACGGGAGGGGGAAUCUCCAACCACGCCAUGCCCGGCUGCAGAUAUCACCCGCUGGGACAAGCUUUUCAUCGCUCUGGAGGACUCCCACAUGAGGCAGAACAUGCUGCUGGAGUCUCUGAAGCAAUGCUGUGGAGGAAUGGUCUCUCUCACGACCAAGGUGGACAAGCUGGGUAAGGGGACGUGCCAGCAGUGUCUGCCCACCCUGGAGUCAGCGUGCAGGGCGCACGCAGAGCAGGCGAGUGUCAGGCUGCAACAGGGCUUGGUGGAGCUCCGGGAGGAGGAAGCUGAGAGGCAGAGGAGGUUAAACACUACCUUACAGCAGCUCCUGCACGGUGGCCAUGAGGGGAAUGCCCGGCUGAAACCUUUGGAGGAAGGUGAAGGCCACAGAGUGGUGCCAUCAGGAGCAGCAGACAGCAGGAUGGGACACCAACCAACACAGAGACCCGGAGGUUUAGGAGCAUCUUUAGGCUUAGGGAUGAAGCCAUUUCCAUCUCUCCUGAAGGAGCAGGAAGUGACUUCACCGCUGGACAUGGCCACAAUGGAAAAGGCCCUGGUUGCCAUAGCAACGGAACUGCAGAAGGUUCACCUGCAGCUGAGCAGAGUGAUAGAGCAGGCAGGAACAUUGAGGAAGGACAGAGGAGACACCUGAGUUACCCAAAGGGAAAAACUAAUUGUAUGGGGACACUCCAGUGAUAACAAUUUUGUACACAUACUCAGUUUUUAAUGUUGUUUUUAAGGGGCCUAAUUUUUAUACGUGAGCUUGUUUUUGUCUGGUGACAAUGAAUUUAAAUGUACCAUAAAUGUUGUGGGUUUGCUAUAAUAAAUAAAAACAUAUUAAACAAACUAAUCAGCCUCACGGAAAGGUUUCCUCCCUCCUCCCACAGAGUGAACAACUCG